AUGGGGGCCCCCCCCGAGGGGCCCCCCCCGCAGCAGCAGCAGCAGCAGCAGCAGCAGCAGCAGCAGCAGCUGGCUGCGCUCCUGGGCCUCACGGAAAAAGAAGACAGAGUCAAAACUGCUGUUGUCAACUGCAGCAUGGGACUUCGAGACAAACAGUGGGCAGCACUUUUCGAAUUUAUUCUCGGGAUCGUCUCCUCCCCGAGCAGCAGCAGCAGCAGCAGCAGCAGCAGCAGCAGCAGCAGCAGCAAGGCCAACGAGAAGCAGGGGGAGAAGCCCGCGGAGUUGCAAAAGACAAAAACACUAAUAAUAAAUAAUUUAAUUUAA